UAAAUCAUUGGAAGUCGUGUAUUGAUGUCAGUCCUAGUGAAUAGCGAGUGACGAGCGAUGCAAAAAUAUUGUAAUAUUAAUUGUUAGAUGAAGAAAUCGCAAAAGGACAUAUGUUUACGUUAUUCAGAUAAUUGUACCUUUUGUUACGUUGCAUUUGGAUGAAAGUAGGAGUUUCGAUUUUGUUCCCCAAGGGCGUAUAAAUCUUCGGUACGCCACUGCUCGUAAUCGUGUAGCUAUACUCGAGUUCGAAUCAACAUUCCUCGGUGAACUGUCGACUGGUCGCGAAUAACGACCGUAUUAAUCAAGAUGACAGACUACCUUCAAGUAUUCAGCGCGAUUGCUGCAGUGUUGGUCAUCUUGUAUUAUUACUUCACCUCGACCUUUGACUUCUGGAAACGACGAGGUGUGCCUGGACCUCAACCGAUAAUCGGAUUCGGCAAUAUCAAAGAUAUCAUAUUCGCCAGACAAUCGUUGGGCAACUAUGUGACGAAAAUUUACAAUGAAUAUAAAAACGAACCCAUGAUCGGGAUGUUUAUGAGGAGAACACCCACGUUGGUUGUGUGCGAUUUGGAUCUUGUCAAGAACGUUCUUAUCAAAAAUUUUUCCACGUUCGAUGACCGAGGAAUCAACGUUUUCGAAAAAGCGGAGCCGUUGUCCGUGAAUAUCUUCAAUUUGGAGCCAGAAAGAUGGCGAACGCUGCGAACGAGACUCUCGCCAGUGUUCACGUCCGGCAAGAUCAAAGAGAUGUUUCCUCUGAUACUGGAAUGCUCGGAACAAUUAGAGAAAUACUUGGAGAAAUUAGCGGAGGAAGGAAAGGCGGUGGAGUGCCGUGAAAUGGCGGCAAAAUUCACUACCGAUGUAAUUGGAAGCUGCGCGUUCGGAAUCAAUAUGAACGCGCUCUCGGACGAGGAAUGCGAAUUUCGACGAAUGGGAAAAGAGAUCUUUACGUUUCGUCCAUCGAGGCUCGUGAGGCUAGCCUUUAGAGAAUCUAUGCCGUGGUUAUACAGAAUAGUUGGUUGUCUGUUACCAGAAUCAGAAGUCAAUAUAUUCUUCACGAAAGUUAUCUCCGAAACUAUGGCUUACAGGAAACAAAAUAACAUUGUCAGGCCUGACUUUGUAAAUAUGCUCAUGGAACUGAAGGACCACCCAGACAAACUGCAUAAUAUUGAAAUUACGGACAGUAUUCUCACUGCACAAGCUGUCGUGUUUUUUGCGGCCGGUUUUGAGACGUCUUCGACGACCAUCGGUCAUGCUCUUUACGAAAUGGCCCUGAACCCUCAUAUGCAGGAUAAACUACGAGAAGAAAUUAGAGAAUGCAAUGAAAAAACUAAUGGAGAUUUCGACUACGAGAGCGUGAAGGGAAUGAAAUAUCUGGACAAGGUAUUCAAAGAAACGCUUAGGAAAUAUCCACCAGGAAUGAUUCUAAGACGAAAAAAUAAUGAAAAUUAUACAUUUAAUGAUACAAAAGUAUCAAUUCCUAAGAAUAUUAGAAUUCUUAUUCCGGUAUAUGCGAUCCAUCACGAUCCAAGUGUCUAUCCAAACCCAGAAACUUUCGACCCUGAAAGGUUUAACGAGGAUGCAGUUGCUGCAAGACAUCCUAUGAGUUAUUUACCUUUCGGCGAUGGACCGAGGAAUUGCAUUGGAGCUCGAUUUGCAAUUUACCAAACCAAAGUAGGCCUCAUAAAGAUGCUACAAAAUUUCAAGUUCGACCUUUGCGACGAAACAAUUACAUCGUAUGUUCAGAAUCCCAUUUCCUUGGUACUGAGCCCGAAAGGAGGACUACGUUUGAAGAUAAGUAAAUCUCAACGUUCACUGGACUAUGAUCGCGGAGAAACAAUGCCAAGCUACCUAGAAAUAUUUUGCGGUAUCGCCGCGUUGAUUCUCGCGGCCUACUAUUACUUCGUUUCGCCUUACGAUUUUUGGAAAAUUCGCAAUGUUCCGGGGCCGAAACCUGCUCCGCCGUUCGGUAACAUAAAGGACGUUAUGUUGCUGAGGACGUCGUUAGCCGACUACUUGAAAAAGCUCUACGAAGAAUACAGAAAUGAACCGAUGAUCGGAAUAUUUACGAGGAGAACGCCCGUCCUUAUUCUUCACGAUUCGGAUGCGAUAAAAGACGUUCUGAUAAGAGAUUUCUCUAAGUUUGCUGACAGAGGAAUCAAUGUUAAUGAGAAGAUGGAACCACUUUCUCCGCAUUUAUUCAAUUUAGAACCAGAAAGAUGGAGACCGCUGAGAACGAGACUUUCGCCAGUGUUUACGUCUGGCAAAAUCAAAGAGAUGUUUCCUCUCAUAGUAGAAUGCUCGGAACACUUGGAUAAAUAUUUGGAAAAAUUGGUGGCGAAAGGAGAACCGGUGGAAUGUCGCGAAUUAACGGCAAAGUAUACAACCGACGUAAUCGGUAGCUGCGCUUUUGGGAUCGAAACGAAUGCACUGUCCGACCAGGAAAGUGAAUUUCGUCGAAUGGGCAAAAAGGUGUUCGCGUCUACUUUUUGGCAAUUGGUGAGAUUCCGAAUGAGACAAGCUGUACCGUGGUUUUACAAUUUACUUGGUUACAUAGUACCGCCGUCGGAUAUCACAACGUUCUUCACGAAAGUCGUUGUUGACACCAUGAACUAUAGAGAAGAAAGUAAAACUGUCAGGCCUGACUUCAUCAAUAUGCUUCUAGAACUUAAGAAACACCCCGAUAAGCUGGAAAAUAUUAAAUUAACGGAUACUUUACUGACUGCGCAAGCUUUUGUUUUCUUCAUCGCCGGUUUCGAGACCUCCUCGUCAGCGAUGAGCAACACCCUUUAUGAACUGGCGCUAAAUCCUGAUGUACAGGACAAAUUGCGAAAAGAAAUCAGGGAAUACUGCGAUAACAACGAUGGCGAAUUAAAAUACGAACAGAUCAAAGAUAUGAAGUAUUUGGAUAAAGUAUUUCGAGAGGCUUUAAGAAAGUAUCCACCUGGACCAAUAUUGUUGAGAAAAUCUAUCAGCGAUUACACUUUCGAGAGUACGAAACUUACGAUACCAAACAAAACUAUGGUGUGGAUACCAUUAUUUGCUAUUCAUAGAGAUCCCAAGAUUUACCCAAAUCCAGAUGCUUUUAUGCCCGAGAGAUUUGACGACGAUGCUGCUUCGGCUCGACACCCCAUGAAUUAUUUACCCUUCGGCGAUGGCCCAAGGAAUUGCAUUGGCGCACGAUUUGCAGUCUUCCAAUCGAAAGUUGGACUGAUAAAGAUACUUCGCAAUCACAGAGUCGAUGUUUGCGAAAAAACAAUGAUUCCGUACGUAUUUGACAGAGGUGCUUUUCUAUUAGCACCGAAGGGAGGGAUAUACUUAAAGAUAACAAAAGCGGAAAAUUAAUGUAAUAGAUGCAAAUUUAAUAUUACUACUAAAUAGUUGUUGAAUUUCAAAAGUAUUCCGAAGAUCAUUGAAAAGAUGUAUUAGAAGUAAUAUUGUCCAAACUAAUAAUUAUAUGUGAGCUUUUGUAAAACUUAUUAUUGUUACUGUUAUUCUACUAUAAACGUUACGACAAUAUAAAGAAAUUGCAAUAUUUUUACAUGUUUCUAUACCGUGCAACUCUAUGUAACAAACAGUAUUUUUUAUUGAACAGUUAGAAAAAUAUAACAUUUACGAAAUAAAAA